CACAAAUCAGUUGCUAUAAAUUUGCAACUCUGUAAGUAUUGGUUUAAUUGUGCCAUUUGCUUUCUUUCCUUCUAUAGCAUAAUGACAUUCAAAUUUCCUUUGUCUAUGCUUCUCUUAUUUCUUCUACUCAAUAUUUUUCUCUGCUCAUCUGAAGUACUAUACCUUCCCGUCACUAAAGAUGCAUCAACUCUACAAUACAUUACAGAAGUAAGUCAAAGAACUCCUUUAAUUCCCAUAAAACUUUUAGUCCAUCUUGGUGGAAGAAGUUUAUGGGUGGAUUGUGACAAAGGUUUUAAAAGUUCAACUUACAAACCAGGUGUAUGUAAUUCUACACAAUGCACUUAUUCCAAUCCUAAUUACUGUGGUGACUGCAUAUUGAAACCAAAAUUGCAGCCUGGAUGCAACAACAAUAGUUGUUACAUUUGGGGUGAAAAUCCCUUGAUCGAUUGGUUUGACGAUAGCGCUGAAAUUGCUGAUGAUGUAUUGGUUAUUGGUUCAACUCCUGGUGUUCGUGUAACUUGGCCGCGGUUUAUUUUCGCUUGCUUUGUUAGUCCCAAUAUGGUGAGACUUCUCGCCAAUGGAGUCACAGGAAUUGCAGGUUUUGGACGUGAAAGUCCAAUUUCCAUUCCAAAUCAACUUGCUUUAGAUCCUAGAUUCACCAAGAAAUUUGGUAUAUGUUUGAGCUCAUCUACAACAUCUCGUGGAGUUAUAUUCAUCGGUUCUGGUCCAUAUUAUGUUUACAAUCCUAAGAAGAUCGAUAUCUCAAACAAUAUUCUCUACACCAAAUUAAUCGCAAAUAAAAAUGCAUUUUUGGUAACUCAAGAGUACUAUAUCCAAGUUUCAUCCAUUAAAAUUGCGGGACAAGAUAUUCCACUAAAUAAAACAUUGCUAUCUAUUAAUAAAAAAGAUAUAGAUGGUGGGACGAGAAUCAGCACAGCGUCACCUUACACAAUUUUGCACCCUAGCAUUUACGAUGCUUUUAAAACUGCUUUCAUCAACGCGCUUCCAAAGAAUGUGGCACUUGUAGAGUCUCCUAUGAAACAAUUUGGACUUUGCUUUAGUUCGAAAAACAUUAAAAGUACCAACGUUGGACCAGCUGUUCCUGUGAUAGAUAUUGUGUUGCACAAGCCGAGUGCAUUUUGGAGGAUUUAUGGAACAAAUUCAGUGGUACAAGUUAGUAAGGAUGUUAUGUGUUUAGCAUUUGUGAAACAAGAUGAAGAAAGGGAACCAUCAAUUGUUAUAGGAGGACAUCAAUUGGAAGAGAACCUAUUGAUAUUUGACCUUCCUGGAAAGAAGAUUGGUUUCAGCUCAUCACUUAAACUUCAACAAACAUCAUGCUCUCAGUACGACAAUACCAUUCUAGGCUAAGCCCCUCUAUUCUAUAUAUGUAAUUUUCUAUUUCAAUAAUAAACUAGAUGGUCGGUGCCCGUGCAUUGCAUAGGCGUAUGACUUAUAUCGUUUUAUAUGUUAUUCUUCAUAAUUUCCUAUUUGGAUAAUAAAUUAGAUGUUCUAACUUCUA